AUGGCUUUCAAAAAUGGAGAGCUGGCAGUCCAGGAGCUGGGCCCCCAAGGAUACAAGGAUCGCGAUGAUGCGGACAUGGCCAAGUAUGGCAGGAAGCAGACCUUCGAGAGAAACUGGGGUUUCCUGUCCAUGCUGGGCUUUACGACCACCAUGAUGGCUACCUGGGAGGCCGUUCUUACAGCCAACCCGGCCGCAAUGGCUGAUGGAGGACAGGCGACCCUUGUCUACGGUUUCAUCUUCUGCUGGAUUGGUGCUCUCUUGACCGCCGCCUCGCUAGCCGAGAUGGCGUCGAUGGCUCCCACAUCCGCUGGUCAAUACCACUGGGUUUCCAUGCUCGCACCAAAGGGCCAAGCCGUCUUUCUCAGCUGGGUCACCGGAUGGCUGGACCUGAUCGGAUGGUGGGCCAACACGGCGUCUGGUGUCUACUUCGCCUCCACAGUCCUGCAGGGUCUUCUGGUGCUGAACUACGAUGGCUACGAUUUCCACCGCUGGCAUGGAACCCUCAUCAUGUUUGCAGCACUGGUGAUUUGCGUGCUGGUCAACUCUUUCGGAGCCAGGAUUCUGCCCAAACUUGAAGGACUGAUCCUCAUCCUCCACACGGCCGGAUUCCUGGCCAUCCUCAUCCCCCUCGUCUACCUUGCUCCCCACCAUAACGCCGAGUUCGUGUUUGCCACAUUCACAAAUACCUCGGGAUGGAAAAGUGCCGGCCUCACCUGGCUCAUCGGGCUAAUGGGCACAAACCUUCCUUUCAUCGGUUACGACGGCCCCUGCCACAUGGCCGAAGAAGUCGUCAACGCCUCCGUCAUCGUGCCCUGGUGCAUGCUCGCGACCAUCAUGCUAAACGGCUGUCUCGGUUUCGCCAUGGUCCUAGCCUUCCUCUUCUGCGUCGGUGAUCUCGACGCCGCCCUCGACAGCAAGACAGGCUACGACUUCAUCGAAGUAUUCUUCAACGCCACCAAAUCCCACGCCGGAACCUCAGUCAUGACCUCCAUCGUCAUCGCCCUGACUGUGUGCGCCUCAUUCGGCUUCCUAGCCUCUUCCUCCCGUCUGACCUGGGCCCUUGCAAAAGACAAGGGCAUCCCCUUUGCCGACUUCCUCUCCCACAUCAGCACCGCAACCUCCGGCUCCGCGCUCCCCCUCCGCGCCAUCGCCCUCUGCGCCAUAAUAACCGCCUGCACAUGCAUCAUCAACAUCGGCUCCAGCGCCGCCUUCAACGCCAUGAUCUCCCUCACGACCGCAGGUCUCUUCUCCUCAUACGAAAUCGCCAUCGUGCUCAUCCUAAUCAAGAAGAUCAAAAACGAAGCCAUCCCCUACGGACCAUGGAAAAUGGGCCGUCUGCUGGGAAUGACCAUCAACAUGGGGUCGAUUAUCUUCCUCACUAUUACGAUAUUCUUCUCGUUCUUUCCGUCGGAUUUACCCGUCACGCCGACGAAUAUGAAUUGGUCGGCUGUGGUGUUUGUGGGUGAGCUUUUGCUUGGGUUGGGGUGGUAUUUUGUGAGGGGAAGAUGGAUUUAUAAUGGGCCGGUUAUGGAUGUUGUUGUUGCUGGGGAGAGGAUCAUGCGGAGGAUGAGCAAAGAGGGUACUAUAAUGCUUGAUCUGAUUUCUUGA